CAUGCAUUACAAAAUGCGCUUGAGUGCUGUAUGGAAUGUUGCAUUACACAGUUGAGUCCGAGUUGUUUGCUCAAUUCUCAUGGACAAGUUAGUUGGCGCAAUAUCGGGCGUCUUAAAGACGCCCGCUGCACCUCAUGUGCAGCCGCAGACGCCACAGGGCGAUAGACAGUAUCUCCGACUGCCUCUAGAAAGUGCUCGCAGGCUGCGUUGGUUCGAAAAAGGCGACGUCCAGGCACUGACAAAAGCGCAUUUUAGAGAAAAAAGGGAUCUAUUAGACGCAAUUGCAGCGCUGAAAAAGGUCCUGCUUCGACAUGGCCUCAGCGAAACGAAGCUCGAUGAGGAGGUCAGUGCCCACGUCCGGUCAGCAGCGGAGCUUGCUGAAGCACACGAAGGCGUUGCGAGUGUUCUGCUUGCAGCGCUGGAGGCCCACCUCGAGGAGAUGCGGUCCGAAAACGCACGACUGCAAUCUUCACUGAGGAUGGGCCAGCAUGCUACACCCAAUGGCUCCUCUGCAGACCAUGCCGGGCCGCCCGACAGCUCGCGAGGCGCGAACGGCCUCCCCAACCCCCAUCCAGAUGCACUGAACGCAUCAACAUCAUCAACACCUCCUCGCUCUCUAGCCCCGCACCUCGGUCUCCCGCCACAUCAUCUGGAGCAUCUGGACCUAGCACAGCUUGCCUCGAGCUCCGCCGGGACAGCCCUAACACGCAUUGGCCCCCAACAUGCCACCAAACAGCACCUAGCUGCCCUCGAAGCCCAAUGCGCCCAGUACGACAAACAGGUUUCGGAGCUCAAGACCGCUCUAACCCAGGCUCAGCAGCAGCUGAUGCAGGCGACAACAACAGCCGCCCCCUCCUCCUCCUCUAUCUCCUCCUCGCGCCGGCGUGAGGGCUCCCACAGCGAGGGAGCCCAGCCCUCAUCCUCCGCAGCUCCCUCCGCCUCCUCCUCUUCCUCCCAGCUGGCCCAGCUUCAGGACCUGGUGUUGGAGCUGCAGGAGGCGGCACGCGACGAGGCGAGGCGGUCCAGCCGGGCGGAGGCGCGGGCGGGCAGGUUGGAGGGAGAGCUGAAGACACUGCAGGCCCAGCACCGCACGCUGCUCCGAGACCACUCGGCGGCGCAGCAGCGGGUGACGGAGCUGCAGCAGCGCGCGGAGGCGGCCGCGGCGACCUCGGCGGCUCGGGUGGCGGAGGCGGCGGCUGCGGAGGGGGGACUGCGGGCGGCGGCGGAGGCGCGGGAGGAGGUGGCGGCGCUGCGACAGGUCCAGUCGGAGCUGCAGGCUUCCCUGGCGGCAGCUCAGGGCAGUGUGUCGCGGCUGGAGGCGGAGUUGCAGUCCGAGCGGCACCUCCGCUCCUGCUCCCAGUCCGAGGCCGCCGCGCUGUCGGGGCGCUGCGAGGAGCUGGCGGCAGCUCACCGGGAGCUGAGCGAGCGGCUGGCGGGCAGCAGGGGGGAGCUGGAGCGGGCGGCGUACCACAAGAAGCUGUGUUGCGAGCUGACCGCCGCCACCAGCCGCCUGCAGGAGCAGCUGGUGGAGCUGGCGGGGCAGCAGGCGGCGGCGGGGGCGAGGGAGCAGGCGCUGGCGGACAGGCUGGCGGCGGCGGAGGACCAGCUGGCGGCGGCGGAGGCCCGCGCCCGCUCCGCCGAGGCCUCUGUGGCGGCGGAGGUGGAGCGCCGCUGCGCCGCCUCCUGGUCCUCCCGGGCCCUGUGGCCGCAGCCGCUGCGGGAGGAGGUGGCGGCGCUGGAGGGCAGGCUGGCGGCGGCGGAGGCGGCGGUGGCGGAGGCGGGCAGCAGAGCGGAGGCGGCAGAGGCGGAGGCGGUGGAAGCCAGGGAGCAGCUGAGGGUCAAGUCCGAGGAGCUGGCCGCCUGCCGACUGGAGGCCACCCGACUGGCCUCCUCCUCCGCGCAGCAGCUGCAGCAGCUGCGGCAGGAGCUAGCGGAGGCGCAGGCGCGGGCAGCGGGGCUGAGACACGACCUGGCGGCGGAGCGGGCGGCGGCGGCGCAGGUGGCGGCGGCGGCGGCUCGGGAGGAGGAGGUGCGGCGGUGUACGGCCGCGGGUGAAGCAUCCCGGUGCGGCGGCGCCGGCGGAGACGGGAGGAAUGGAAACGGACAUGCAUCAUGUACGAUGACUGCGGUGAUGACGCCCAAGUGGCAGGUGCAGAACCGUGUAGGCGGCGGCGGGCUGUAUAACCUAGACGCG